AAAAGUGGGCAGCACUGGUUAUAGCAAUAACAAAUAAGCAGGACGCACCAUGGAGGAUAACGCAGAUACGACACCAGAUGCGGAAUCGUUUAAUGGCUAUGGCUUUAACAACUGUACAGCUGCAGAAGCAUUUAUUCAAGGCCUGGCUGGAAUGGUAAACCAAGGCGAUGUUGAGACAAUGAUACGGGCACAAAAACAAAUGCUACAACGUUUUGAGAAAACGAAUGAGAUGCUGCUCAAUUGCAACGCAUUGUCGCAAAGUCGUUUGAAAAGCGCAAGUGAGGAUUUUAAACGUCACGUAAAACUGCUCAGUGAAAUGAAGAAAGACCUGGAUUACAUAUUUCGCAAAGUCCGCGUUAUUAAACAAAAGCUGCAGCAACAAUACCCUGCAAUUUACGCAGAAGUGCAGCCUCAACGUAGCAGUUUGGCCGAAGAAGCGGAAGAUGAAACGGAAAUUGCAAAAUCAUCACAGAUUCCAAUUGUGGAACCAGCUAAAGCCAAACCUCCGUCCGCCGAGACAACGUCCAAAAAAAGCGAAGCCACAAUCGAAUAUGUGCAAAUGCAGGAGGCUAUCGAAAAUGGCAUAGUCGAGGUAGAGAAUGAGCUCAUUAAACGGGUAUGCUCCGUGGAGACUGCGAAUCCCAAUGACUCAUCUGAUUGUACGUCAGAGGACACUGGCUAAAACCACUGGCAUUACUUAAAUUAGAAGCCUAUGUAAAUAUUUAUAUUUAAUUAUUAGUAAAUUACAUACUUAUAGUUUAGAAAAUAA